CGUGCGCGCGGGCGCUGCGGUCUGUGCCUAAAAGGCGGGCGGAGAGCGGCGCUGUGACCCCGGCCGGCCCUCGGAAGAGAAUUCGGCGCGGCGGCAUCUGGCGACACGCAGCUGGCUGUGCCGCGGCCCAGGCCCAGCGGUUCUGGAGUUCUGGACAUAUGACAGGAUCUUCUGGACUGCUCCGCUCCUGCCUUUUGCUCCUCUGAAACAGUAUAGAGGCAUGUACUUAAAACAGCCCACCUCUCAAAGAAACAACCUGAGUUUUUCAGAGUUGUUGAGAGUCACACCAACCUCUAGGAGCCCCGUGGUCCUCACGCUGCAGAGAACAUGCCAAACUCCUGAGGGCAGCAGUUGUGAUCUGAGGGGGCCAUCUGGCUGUGAAGCCUCUUGUCAGAGGCCAGAACAAUUUCCUCACCUGAAGUGGACAAGCUUGGUCAGGCUGGCAUCAUCAUGCCACAACAGCUCCUGAUUACCCUGCCCACUGAGGCCGACAUGUGGGUGAAGUUGCACCAUCCAAGGAAGGCCAAAGAAGGGGCACCCCUGUGGGAAGAUGUGACUAAAAUAUUUGAAGGAGAAGCUCUGCUAUCUCAGGGUACUGGUGAGACCCAGGAAGAAAAUUUAGAGGAUGAAGUGAUUCCUGGACUCCUGACAACAGAAUCCCAGAAUCUGUUGAACUUCAAGGACAUAUCUGUGGACUUCACCCAGGAAGAAUGGGGACAGCUGGCUCCUGCUCACCGGAAUCUGUACCGGGAGGUGAUGCUGGAAAAUUACAGGAACCUGGUGUCAGUGGCAGGAUAUCAGUUCUCCAAACCUAGUGUGAUUUCACAGCUGGAGAAAGGAGAAGAGCCAUGGAUGACAGAAAAAGAAGAUCUAGGGAAUCCCAGUGCAGACAGGGUCUUUCCAGGUUACACAGGCUGACCUCAAUCUUGUGAUCUUCUGACCUCAACCUUGUGAUCUCCUGCUUCAGUCUCCCAGAUAAAAAUAGAGGCUUUUAAAAGUUUUAAAUUUAAUAGGGCUGAAUUUAUCAGGUUUUUUUCUUUUGUGCUUUAUGCUGUUAUCUUUUAUUUUGCCUAUAGAUAACAUACAUGUUCCUCUCUGUACUUAUAUUUUUGAAGUUUGACUUUUCAUGUUUAAUUCACAUGGAAUUUAUUUUAUAUAGAAUAUUAAGUGAAAACUUAGUUUUAACUUUUUCCACAUGGAUAGUUUUCCCAGGAAUAGUUACUACUCUUCCACCUGUCAAGUUUCUUUAUAUGCUUGGGUUUAUUUCACAGAUCUUUCUAAUUCAUUUCACUCUUUUAUUUUUUUAUUCCUACUUUAAUGGUAGGCUGACUUAAUUAGUAUAUUGCAUAAUGAAACUUUUACAUUGUCCUUUUCUAUAUGAAUUAUAUAAACAGUGCAUUCAAAUUACACACAUACGAACACAAGUGCUCUGCUAACACUUUGGCUAGAAUGGAAUCAAAUUUCUAGAUCAGGUUUUUGUCUGGUUGGUUGGUUGGUUGUUUUUUUUUUUUUUUUUUUUUUUGGUACCAGGGAUUGAACUCACAACUUUGCUUGCCAGGCACGUGCUUACGCCACUGAGCUAAAUCCCUGACUUCUAGAUCAAUUUUGAGGACAGUUAACAUUGUUAUGAUAUUAUUACUAAGGAACUUAAUACUUGUUUAAUUUUUGUUCAAUAAAGUUUCAGGAUUUUUUUCCAUAAAGAUAUCAUACAUAUUGUAUGUCUUUUGCUAGAUUUGUCCUGAAAAAUCCUAUAUUUUGUUACUAUCAUAGAUAGUAAAGUUUAAAAAAAAUUGUUUGCUUGUUGCUUGUAAUAAUUGAUUUUGAAUACUGAUCUUAAAAAGGCAACCAUCUUGCUUUAUUGUGUUAUAAAUUCUAGUCAUUGUAUAUUCUCCUGUGUUUUCUCCUCUACAGUUUGUAAUAAUGAAUAUAACAGAGGUUAAGGGUGUAGAUCAGUGGUAGAGCAUCUGCCUAGCAUGUGUAAGACCCUGAGUUUGAUCUCCAGCAUCACAAAAAAACCAACUAAAAUAAUAACAAAAGCUACCUUGAAAGUUCUUUUCCAGCCUCUGGAUGAAAUGUCAAAGAAGUCUUAUAGAUGGCCCAUUAUUUUUAAACAAGAGCAGUCUUGAUUUUAGGAAAAUAAUUACUGAAUUCAGUGAAAUAAUAACAACUCCCAUUUUCACUCCCAUGGAAUCUUGUUUCGUCCUCCUCCCUCAGGUUGGGCCUCCUUAGGGUUGGGUACUGAACUAUGGAGGGUGCACAGGCUGCUGCCUUUCCCUUUCCCUGUUGUUUUCCUUCCCUCCUCCCCUCUUCAUGACCAGAAUCAGGGGCCCACAGAGCAUGGACUUUAUUAUUGCCUUUAUUCAUUUAGAGUUUGGAAUUCAAAAGUGAUAAUGAACCUUCUGAGUUGAUCAAAACAUAAGUUAUAUUUUUACAUGAAUGCAGACCUGUCAGCUGAAAUACUGGUAAUGGUACAACAAAUUAUCAAGUAAGAAAACCAGUCAGAAUUGUAAAGUAUAUGUUCCUCGAACAUUGCAGUAGUGUUAAUGUAGCAGUUUGGAUUUGUUUCAUGUUUCCUUUGAAUAAAUAAAAUUUCAUGGAUAUAUUAAUAACUAUGUAAAGCAGAACCACAUGCACAUACACUUAAUACAAAUUUUAAGAAGGAACAAAAUACUAUUCUUGUCAGUGUUCUUAGUUCAACCUCUGUGUUUUGAAUUAAUGUCUAUACUGCUCCUGCUGGAAUGAGGAGAGGAACAUCUCAUUUUUCUAAGAUGUUUUCCCAAAGUGAUAGUCAAUUGAACAAUAUUUUUUAAAAAAUAGCACUGAAAUUUCAUUAUUUAGUAAUAGUAGACAGAAUAGUACUAAUAAGUCAAAAUGGAUUAAAAAGCUAAAUAUUAAACCAGAAGCACUAAAUCUACUGAAGAGAAAGUAGGUAGAAAUCUUGAAGACAUAGUAGACAGAGUUCAUUAACAAAAACAAAACUGUACAGAAAGUUCUUCAAAGAAUCAACACCCAAGAUCUCAUCUAUUAAAAAGUUCUUGUACAUCAAAAGAAAUCACUAACCAAGGUAGGAAGAAAACUCACAGAGUGGGAAAAAAUUUUACCCAAGUAUCCUUCAGACAAAGGACUUCUAUCUAGGACAUAUAAAAAAUUGAAAAUAAUCAGACCCCCCAAAUUCAAAGACCCAGUCUAAAAAUGAGCAUCUGAGAUGAAUACACAAUUCUCAGAUGAAGAAAUACAAAUGGCAAAUAAAUAUAUGAAAACCUGUCAUUCAAGAAAUGCAAAUUAUAACACCAAGAUACCAUCUCCAGAAAAAAUGGCUAAAAUCAAGUAAUCAGCCAAUAGCAAAUGCUAGAGGGGUUGUGGGAGAAAAAGGAACCCUUUUCCACUAUUGGUUGGAGUAUACACUAGUACAACCACUGUGGAAAUCAGUAUGGAGAGUCCUAAAAAAUUGGGACUAGAGGUCCCAUUUGAUCCAGCUUUUCCCUUUUUGGGUAUUUUCCCAGAAGAAUUAAAAACAUCAUACCACAGCAAUAUGUAUACAGUUAUGCUUAUUGCAGUGCAAUCUGUAAUAGCUAAAUCUUGGAAACAACCAAAAUGCCCAUAACUGAGGAACAGAUUGAAAACAUGUGGUAUUACAUACCAGAGUACUACUCUGCUAGUAGACGCAACUAGAGACAAUACUCACAAGUGAAAUAAACUUACAUGCGUAAACAUUGUAUUGUCUCCCUAGUUUAAGAAAUGGAAAAAUAAGAUCCAAAA